GGGGGAGUGUAAGGAGGAAUAGAAGGAGAAAGUAUUAGCCGGGGACUGAAAGGAGAACUUGUUAGCAGGGAAAGUGUGGGGAAAAGAGGAAGACAGAGCAGGAACUCUGAUCUAUUCUACAAAUGAUUAGUCUCUCUCAUGCAUCCAAAGCAGUGCUCUGUCAUCCUCUCAUGCUGUAUGUCCGAGAUCAUCACACUCCUCAUCAGACAUCCACUCUCUAAACAGCAAAGGAUAACACUGAUUAGUAUGCUGUGGUGCUAGAAUACUACAUAGAGAUCACUGAGCACACUGUAACGUCUAUAAGACUAUAGAAAGACAGCUAUAGUUAAACCAAGUGGGUCACCAGAUGUGAGUCAUAAGAAAAAGGACAGACUUAGAGGCAGAUCAGCAAACAAGAGACACUUUAGGAGUCAACUUGGAUCAAAUGCUCAGGAAAGAGAAAUGAGGAUAUAGAUUACCAGGAUACUGGAACCCAGGGGACCUGAAGCCCAGUUCCCCCUAUCAGUUUUGAAAUGGUGCAGUGCCGGAGUCCCCAUUGAUAAAAAUCAGGCACCGUAGAUCUGUGAGUCAGUGUGACUGGGACAGAGGAGGACCGAGCUUCCAGACCAUGUACAGAGACUUUUCCGGGACUUACCCUCAGCAAGAUUUAGGGUGCAGCAGAGGCAGUCACAGCCCUAGUAACCCAGGAACGGCGCAAGUGUUUGGCAUGGGUCACAGUGUCAGAUCAUUACCUCCUGAGGAUAAUCAGCAAAAAUACCCCCCACACACAUCUUCCAGUCCUUUCAUCCCCACAAUAAAUGCAGUAACAUCAAAUCAAGACCUUAACUGGAUGGUCCAACCAAGUGUCAGACCUUUGACCUUACCACCCUACCAUAGUCCUCGUCAUGGUGUCAUCAGGAGCAUGGGGGGAGUCCUCAGCAUGGGACGGAGAAGACACAGUGAUCAUGUGUCUCUAGAAGAAGAAGAAAGGAGAAGAGUGCGAAGAGAAAGGAAUAAAAUUGCUGCUGCAAAGUGCAGGAACCGCCGUAAGGAGCUGACAGAUUAUCUGCAGGCAGAGACAGAUAAACUUGAAGAGGAGAAGUCAACUCUGCAGAAGGAGAUAGCUGAACUGCAGAAACAGAAAGACAAGCUGGAACUGAUUCUUGAUGCCCACCAGCCAAUCUGCAAGGUGCCCUGUUCCCAUCAGCCUAACCAGCGGAUGAAUUCUUCUAAGCUCUUCAAGGAGGAGCCACAUGAAGAACCAGCUCGAGGUCCUAAGGUCAAUCUUCCCAGAAUAGAGCUUAGCGACACUGUUCUUGAACCAGAAGCUCUUCACACGCCUACCUUGAUGAAGACACCAUCAAUCACACCCUUUACGCCAACUCUGGUCUUCACUUACCCUGGACCUCAAGAGUCUUGCUCUUCUGCCCAUCGCAGGCUCAGUAGCAGCAGCAAUAGCAGCGGGGACCAAAGUCCUGGCUCCCUUAGUUCACCUACAUUAUUGACUCUUUAGGAUGAUCUUUAAGACAAAGUUAUCUUCAUGAGUGUUAAACUGUGUCUCAGUUGUUUUACAAUAGACUUGCCAGUUUUAAGAUUGUUCUAGAUCGAUCCCCUAUUCCCUCACACCCAGUAAGGCAUGAUAUCACUUUCCCUUGAUAUGGUUUUCUAUAUACACAUUUUCUUCCUUAUAAGGGAUUUACAUUAGAUGCAUGACCUCUUUUUAUAAGGUCACAAGUUCUUUCAGCAAUAUAGCUAUAUAAGACCACAGGGUCACAGAUAAAGUCAAGGGCAGAGCCGACACUAAACUGUAUGACCCCUGUUGCAAGGUCACAACAAAAAGUCAACGGCAGAGCCGAAAUUAGGCUAUGUGGCUUUAUAAUAGGGUCAGAGGUAAAAGUAUUUACAGAGCUGGUCUCUGUAUUUAUUAAUAUAUAUUUUUAUAUGGUCCUUGCUUGCGGUAUGUACAUUUUGAUAAUGGUACAUAAAUGAAGCCCCUAAAAAGGGUGUUAUUAUUCAUGUUUUUGACUUGUGCAUUUUUCUGUGGUAUACUCUCAAAUCCACAUGUAGUGCUGAAUUAAACAAGUAAUAUAUAUAUAUUGAAUAAAAUACUCCUGCAUUUGUGUAAAA